AGCGGGGUAACGUCACUGUCGGUGGGGCACCGCAGCAUCAGUCCAUUCUCCACAACAGCAGCAGUAGCAGCGAGCGCAACGCCUCACGCGAGCGCAACGCCUCACAUGAUCAUUUUGAAAUGUUGGAGAAACUACGCUGUGCAGCAACCUUUUACUCCAGAGUCAAUGCGGGCGAAGUGCACUUUGAAGGCUUCAAAAUGUGCUCUAGUCGGACCAUAUUUAUGUUGAAAUAAGGAAAAAGUCGGAAGAGCUAAGAGGGGGAGAUUUCCUAAGAAUGAGUGUAGACAAAGGGGAGGCAUUCAGACUUUAGUGGUUGGAGCCACUAGAACUUGAGUCUCAGGAGAAAGGUGCGUUCCUACUUGGACAGCGGAAUCUUUCUUCUUUUUGGGAAUAAUCAUGCCUGUUCGGAGAGGUCAUGUUGCGCCACAAAACACCUUUUUGGGGAUAAUUAUAAAGAAAUUUGAGGGACAAAAUAAGAAAUUCAUUAUAGCCAAUGCCCGGGUUCAGAACUGCGCCAUCAUCUACUGCAACGAUGGCUUCUGUGAGAUGACCGGCUUCUCACGGCCGGACGUGAUGCARAGGCCGUGCACCUGUGACUUCCUCCAUGGAGAGUUCACCAACAGGCAUGCCAUCGCCCAGGUAGCCCAGGCUCUGAUGGGGUCUGAGGAGCGCAAGGUGGAGAUCACCUACCACCGCAAGGAUGGCUCUGACUUCCUGUGUAACACCCACAUCAUCCCAGUGAAGAACGAGGAGGGCAUGGUCAUGAUGUUCAUCCUCAACUUUGACUACAUCCUAGCUCACCUCAAGAAGGAAGAGAGGAACGGAGCAAAGACAGGAGAGAAGGGGUAUGGAAGCCAACUGGUGGGGCGCGGCACGGCGGCCAAAGCAUACGGCGGAGCGGUCUCGGCUCGGACCAAGACACCGGCGAGUGGCCCCGGCGGCAAGCAUAACCGCGCGGAGCACGGCUCCGGUCGGCCAGCCACCGAUUCGGAGUCGGUCCUGGCGGCCAAGUCACCGUCUGGAGCGGCCGGCGGCCAAGCAGCCGGCAUGAGCGUGCCCGGCGGCAGCACUCGUAAGCAGUCCAGAGUCCGGCCGGCCAGGCAGGAGCAAGCCAGAGCCGGCCGCCAGAGCACGGAGCAGGGCAGAGCCGGGCCGCCAGACAGGAGCAGCUCAGAGCCUGGCUCCGUCCGUUGUGUGAACAGGAGCAAGUCCAGAGUCGGCCGCCAGAUCAGGAACAGCCAGAGCCGGCCCCGCCAGACAGGAUCAGCCAGAGCCUGCGCCCAGCCAGGAAGCAGAACAGAGCCGUGCAGCCAGCCAGGAGCAGCCCGUAGGGCGCCAGCCAGCCAGGUAGUCAGCCAGAGGGCGCCAGCCCAGCCAGUGAGCAGUCCAAGAGGCGCGAAGCCAGCCAGGACAGCCAGAGGCCGCCUGCCAGCCAGGAGCAGCCAGAGGCGCCCAGCCAAGCCAGGAGCAACCAGGCGCAGCCCAGCAGGAGCAGUGCCAGAGGGCCAGCCAGCAGGAGCGGCAAAGCGCUCAGGCAGUUUCUCCAGGAUUCUACCAGAGCCACCAAAAGCUGGGCGAGGGACAAGCGGUUGGGAAAUGUGGGCCACGGUCCCGCACCCGCCGCCGCCGCAGAAGAUAUGCGCCACCCCUGGACCGCCCGGCAAAAUGGGCAGUGGUGGGGCGGUGAAGGAGGCCGCAACGGGGGGGGGGGACCGUGGCACACCCGGGCCGGAUGGGAGCGGGGGGCAGGAUGGAGUGGGAUGCGGGUUCUGGGCGCUUGGGGGGUGGUCAGGGGGGAAGGGGGAAGUUGGAGGGGGGUGGGGUGUGCGAGGGAAAGGUAGAUUGUUUUGUUUCCGGCUCCCAGCCUUACACCUCCUGGGCAUCAGUAAGCAGUCCCUCCCUCAGCAGGACCCUGACGCCGUCAUGAUCGACUCGCCCCGCCGCAGUGAAGAGUCGGUGGCCACCCGCGACUUCCAGUCACUGCCCACCCGGGAGAGCUGCAGCCCCUCCCAUGCCAAUGACACGCGUGCCCUCAUUGGCCCCAGCCACUGCUCCACCCCUGUGUCGGGACCCCUGGACCACUCGUCCCCGAAGGGGCCCUUCUGGGACAGGCUGGUUCUCCAAGCGGUUCCCCAGGCCCAGCCCCAGACUGUGGGCCCUCUGGCCCCCUCCAUCCCAGGCCUGACCCCCACCGCGUCCAGGGAGAGUGUGUGUAGUAUCCGGAGGGCCUCCUCUGCACAGGACAUGGAGGGUUUUGGCUCCAACUCCAAGAUGGCCUUCAGGGACCGACACGCAAGUGAAGGACCCUUCAACCAGAUCAAAUCCAGUCUUCUGGGCUCCACGUCUGACUCUCACCUCAACAGAUACAGCACCAUCAACAAGAUCCCCCUCAUCACGCUCAACUUCUCAGAGGCCAACAACGACAAGAUGUGCCCCUCCCCUCCGUCCUCCGAGAAAACCAUCAUCGCCCCAAAGGUCAAGGACCGAACGCACAACGUCACCGAUAAGGUCACACAGGUGCUAUCCCUGGGCGCAGAUGUGCUUCCCGAGUACAAGCUCCAGACACCGCGCAUGGACAAGUUAACCAUCCUCCACUACAGCCCCUUCAAAGCGGUGUGGGACUGGCUCAUCCUGCUGCUGGUCAUCUACACGGCCAUCUUCACGCCCUACUCCGCCGCCUUCCUCCUCAACGACCUAGAGGAGCAGAAGAGGAGGGAGUGCGGCUACUCGUGCUCGCCGCUCAACGUGGUCGACCUCAUGGUGGACAUCAUGUUCAUCGUGGACAUAUUGAUCAACUUCAGGACAACCUAUGUGAAUCUCAAUGAGGAGGUGGUCAGCCACCCGGCGAAGAUAGCCAUCCACUACUUCAAGGGCUGGUUCCUCAUCGACAUGGUGGCUGCCAUCCCCUUUGAUCUGCUCAUCUUCGGCUCGGGAUCAGAUGAAACCACCACUCUGAUUGGCCUGCUGAAGACCGCCCGGUUGCUCCGACUAGUUCGCGUGGCCCGUAAGCUGGACCGAUAUUCAGAGUACGGCGCCGCCGUCCUUAUGCUCCUCAUGUGCAUCUUCGCCCUCAUUGCCCAUUGGCUGGCCUGCAUCUGGUACGCCAUCGGCAAUGUGGAGAAGCCCUAUCUGGAGCACAAGAUUGGCUGGCUGGAUAACCUGGGCGUGUCCAUUGGAAAGAGGUACAACUACAGUGACCCCAGCUCUGGCCCGUCCAUCAAGGACAAAUACGUCACGGCCCUCUAUUUUACCUUCAGUAGCCUGACCAGCGUGGGCUUUGGCAACGUCUCCCCCAACACCAACUCCGAGAAGAUCUUCUCCAUCUGUGUCAUGCUGAUUGGCUCCCUAAUGUACGCCAGUAUCUUUGGUAAUGUGUCGGCCAUCAUCCAGCGGUUGUACUCCGGUACGGCGCGGUACCACCUGCAGAUGCUCCGGGUCAAAGAAUUCAUCCGCUUCCACCAGAUCCCCAACCCACUGAGGCAACGCCUGGAGGAGUACUUCCAACAUGCCUGGAACUACACCAACGGCAUCGACAUGAAUAUGGAGGUCCUAAAGGGUUUCCCWGAGUGUCUCCAGGCUGAUAUCUGCCUCCACCUCAACGCGAGUCUGCUCCAGGGCUGCAAGGCAUUCCAAGGGGCUACUAAGGGCUGCCUGAGGGCCCUGGCCAUGAGGUUCAAGACCACGCACUCCCCACCGGGCGACACACUGGUCCACUGUGGAGACGUGCUUACUGCCCUCUACUUCUUGUCCCGGGGGUCCAUCGAAAUCCUCAAGGAUGACAUCGUGGUGGCCAUUUUGGGGAAGAAUGACAUCUUUGGGGAGAUGAUCCACCUGUACGCCAAGCCGGGGAAGGCCAACGCGGACGUGCGGGCGCUCAGCUACUGUGACCUGCACACCAUCCACAGGGAGGAGAUCCUGGAGGUGCUUGACAUGUACCCCGAGUUCGCCGACUACUUCCUCAGCAAUCUGGAGCUGACCUUUAACCUCCGAGACGAGAGCGGCAAGCCUCAGAAUGCAGAGUCAGUCUACCCCUACCCCAGUGAUUCUGAUGGGGAUGACAUCAAAUGCAGAAGAAGGCUCACUAACAAGAGGAAAUCUUCCGCAGGGACCCAGAUCAAAGAGACGUCGGUGUUCUGCGACGGUGGUGAGCGGGACAGGCAGCUCUUCCCCUCCUCCCAGGCUGUAGCCACCGUGGUGGAGGAGAGGAGAGACUCAGAGGAGGAGAGGGAAGAUGAAGAAGUCGAGGAGGAGGGAGGGGAGGGGGAGGAGCAGAGGCCUCUGUGCUCGGGGGGGCAGGGUUACCCCUUGGUGAGGGACCACACCUUGGGACUUGGGCUGGGGGACGUUGUUCCGGACGCGUCGGGAGGAGGAGACAAUGUGGAGAGGAACCAGUCUUAUAAAGACCUGCGUGGGGAGGAGUGGGGGUGCGUGCGGCCCAGGGAGGUCCUGGAGGAGUCGGCCCAGGACUCCCGAAGUGGGGUCGGAGAGGAGGACAGUGAGCCGGACAACACCUACGGAGAGGUGGAGCAACGUCUGGACCUGCUGCAAGAGCAUCUAAACAGGCUCGAGUCCCAGAUGACGUCAGACAUCAAGGCCAUCCUCCAGCUACUGCAAAGGCAGAGCACCGUGGUUCCCCCGGCCUACAGCAUCGUCACCUCCAGCCCAAAGUACCAGAGGCCUGCCAUCAGGGUGCAGCCUGUUUCUGCCAUCAGGAUCACAGAGCCUCAACACAGCCUCAACCCUGCUUCACCACUGGCUCAGAAUCCUGACAUGGAGAAGCCUCUGAACAAAUCCAAAGAAUCCAUGUCAGGCCAGGGUCCCACGGAAAUGCCCCCGGAAAAGGACCUCAAGGCGGGACUGCUAGAGAAGGACACAGAGCCCAGACACACACAAAACAAAAUUGACUCUCCGGAGAAACAACAACAACCUAGAGCCCUCUUCCCCUCCGCCAGACAAGCCUCGCUCCCCGACGCAUCACCUGAAAAUUCAGAAACGUCAGGACUCCACAGGCCGGUAUCCGACCCUGGGCUUCUGGGAAAGUAGGCCCUUUCGCCUGCCUGCGCCCCUUUUUCUCACUACGGAAAACUAGGACUUCUCUCAAAGUUUGACUCAGGGUCUUAGAAGGAGACUGUAUAUGCAAAGAAUACUGUCGACUUCCUUCCACUCCUUUUCCAAUAUUUUCUGCCGAUCUCUGAUUUAGAUGUGUUAUAAAGUACAUUUAUACAGCGGUAUUUCUACUGUAUAUUACUAACAUCUGUAAUUAUCUACCAUGUACAUAUUUCAGAUGUAACACUGCCAGCAACACAAAGGCACCUAACAUGCUUGUUCUUCCAAGAAAGAAAAAUGCAUGUCUUGGAAGUGUUUUCUGUUGCAUGGUCAAAACACAACCCAUCUCAUGCACUGCACAGUCAUGGUGUGAGGUCGGCAUGCUUUCAGAGUAAUGAGUAUCCGUUCUAUAGUUAUUCCCAAUCGAUGGGGACAAAGCCACUUGGAACUCUCUUUCAAAGGCAUUUUCAAUCUGAAAAUAAGUGUGCAGUUUUAAACUCAUCGCAUUAAUGACCUUAUCAAACAGACACCAUGUAAUGUAUUUGGCUAAUUAACAAUCUCCACGUCCGACAUUAUAUAUACAAAUAUUUCAUCAUAUAUUGUGCCUAAGUACCUACCGUCAACUUGUCUUUCAAAAAGUCAUCUGAUCAGAAGAGACAAAGAACCACUAUGUAAAAUGCAUCUUCUAUUAGAUUAUAAAUACACAGAUAUGCAAAUGAAUAUGAUUUAAAUGGUUGGGAAAGCUCUUAUACGAAGUAUCCCUUACACUGCUAAAGUAUUCCUGAGAGAGAUUAUUUGUAAUCACUUUGCACCACAAGUCUCUUUCAUGGGGCCAUGAAAGCAAUAACGAUAACAUUAAAACAUUAAUUUACACACAUGAAUAAUAUACAUAUUUGAUUAAUGACUAGAAAUUAGCACGGGUACAUACCCAAAAGUCUUUAAAACUUGUACGGCAUGAACUAAAACAGAAACUAAAAGACUGUACUUCAAGUUCUGUAUUCUUGUAAAAAAAAAUAUACAUGCAAAUGGACUCUACUGUAUAUUUGAAUUUACAAAAGAGAUACUUAUCCACUUAAUAUAGCUACUUUCCUCCCUGAAUCACUGAAUAUGUUUUACUAUUGAAAAUAUUGUCAAAAAAGAAUUUAAUGGGAAGUGUAUGCAUAUUUAUGAGCUAUACAAAAGUAUGUUUUUUGGUAUUGUAUUAAAAACUAUUUAUUACUGUAACUACACACACAAAGAGGCAUGAACAGGGUGGACUAAUGAUUAUUUUUCAUAUAUGUAAUCGAUGUGCAGGAUCACUUCUCUCUUGAAAGGGCCUGCACUUAACGAAAUGCAUAUCAUUGUAUAACAGGAGUUGUAAAGCAACAUUACCUGUUCAGAUGUAGAAAACUACAAUGAAUAGCAACUCUCAAAAGAUGAAUUGCUCAGAUAUCUUUUUUGAAUUGUAAUAAGAGGAAUCAGGCCAAAUUCUAUUUCAUUUUCCUUACUAGUUAUUGAGUAGUUACAUGUAACCAAUUAUUUAAAGGUACAGUAGACAUAGCAGUAUAUCCUCAUACAAACAUCCUCGUUUCAGAAAUCAACUACAACAUUGUAAUCUGCCACUAUUGUCUAUUGCCAAUCAUGCAAAGGAAGAGCCAAUAGUAGCAGUUUGACAGAUUUGAUUCUGUUGUUGUCUAUAAGCAGGAAGUAAACCCGCUGAGUCUACCUUUAAUUAAUACCUUUCAUAAGUACUGUACCCCACAAUCUUUAAGCUUCAACUCUUCUUUCCAUGCAUGUUUAGGGGCUUCCAUUUAUAUUCCAAGAAUGCAGAUUUUAUUACUGUCUAACCAAGUGACAAAAUCAAUGCUGAGACGGUGUCAGAAACCGACAACGUAGAGAUUCAGGCCGAGCUAGCAGCUUAACCCUCGUUAGCCUUAGUUUUUUCUAACCUACAUUAGCCUUCACAAACGUCCUAAACACAUUUAUUCAGCUGAAUAAUAUGCAUUCAACAGUCAGCAAUGUAAAUGUAUUGAAUAUGGACAGAUUCUGCAUGUCACAAAUUAAGUCAUUUUAGUUUUAUGACUUAUUUUACACAAACACAAACAUAGUCAGAUAUGUGGUAUUGCAUGGAUCGACAUCAGCUGGCAAUUUGUUUUAACAGAUUUCAAAACGUGUUUGUGAUUUAUCAUGAAUUUAUCAUGAAUAAAUAGACCCAUUAUUUCUAUAAGAGAACACUUGAUUUUCCAUAAUUUUUUUAUGUGUUUUGGUUCAAUUGUGUAUCAGCCCACGAAGUGAGUGAGAUACAUUAUGAAAAACACAUAUCAUGCUCCCAUAUGUAGCAAUUAACAGAUGUACUAAUAACUUUGUCAGGGCAAAUGGAAUCUAGGGAAGUCAUAUUCAUUAGGAAUACUAUAGCUAUGUAUGUUUUGUAGCAGUACUUAGUUGGGUUUGAAUUAAAGGCAGACUCAGCAAUACGACAUAUUGCGGAGUCUACCUUUAAUUUCAGAUCGUACCGGCCCUAUGCUAUGAGUUGUGCCCAUACACAGCUAUAAGCCUUUUCGGAGGGCACAGGUCCUUUGCUCCAUGUCAUUGUAAUGCCAGUUAAGUGGCCACGACUACUCGAUCUGUUUUAAAACCCACCACGGCUGGGCUGAAACACACAUAACCCUGGCAAAACAAGCUACGGUGUUUCGAGUAUAAUCUUUCCAGAGCACAGAUGCUAUACAAAGUAGCUGAAACAUGACAUGUCCAAUACCUGAAGAGUGCCCCAAUGAACUUUUCAAAGGUCACACUUUUGCACAGAAAUUAAACAAAAAAAUGUGUGCUUUACUAGAGAAAUUUCACUUUUUAAAUCUAGUGCUGUUCACAAUUGUUUUUAUGCAUUUUUUUAAAUGUUUGCCACUGUAUUUUAUACAAUGCAACACUUAACAGCUGAUAUGAAUGUUUGUCCUUGAAUAUACUGUAUUUAAAGAAAUGUAAUAUAUUGUGUACAUAUAUUGAUGAAAACCAUUUGUGUAAUUGUAUAAAUUAAUAAACAGAAUGCAUACGGACUACAAA